CCCGAACAAACAUGGCGGGAGUUUGUUUACUCCUUUCCUCGAGAAUUUUUAAACAUUCUGCGCCGUCAGUGUGCGCUCAACUCCACUCCAUCGCGUCAAACUCAACGCCAUCCCUCACCUCGAAAGGUGACUUGAAGGGAGCGAGGAGCGACCGCGUGACUGUUCCUGAGUACGGAGGUGGGGGUGAGCCCCGCAUUAAGAUGGCAGCCGGCCAUAGAGCCACGCGCAACAAGUACUAAACUGCAGCUUCGGGGCCUGCAGCGACUGGGAGAACAAAAAUACAAAGGGCGUCGAGUGUUCCACCAAAAAACCAGAGGGGAAGAGCAUAAGGCUUUGAAUCUAAGCACAAGCUCAUCCUCCCCCGACAACACACCAGUUCCCCUCACAAAGAUGGCGGCCGGGAGGGAGCCUUUUCUAUAAUUACGAUUUUUACGUUGUUGUACCAUGUAACAUCUGAAAGAAAGAGGCAGAAAUCAACCAAAAUAUUCAAUGGAUAAUAUUAGAGGAUCCGCGCUUUUAGCGAGGUAGAAGGAUAGCUUUGCACAAGAUUACUCUCGUUGCUGGCACACUGCACCCUGUUUUUGAGAUUAAAUCCAGACUUGUCACAAUAAUUUAUUAGCCCCGGGCAACAUCCAAGUCAUAAGACACUGACGUCAGCCAACGAGCUAAAAUAUGAGAGAUAAUAGGAAUUGCUAAAUAUGACACUGAACUUGGAACUUUAUUCACAAGCCCGACUCCUAAAGAUAGGGCAGUGUUUAAAAAAAAGAGUUGGACAAUGAAAACUUGGGAUGAUGCCAUUGGUAUCCUGACUAAACCCCUCCUCCUCCUCCCUAAUAGUAGGAGAGUCAACUAACAACCAGUAAGAAAUAAGCACCAUCCGGAAGUGAUGCAAGGGGAUUUGUUUUGAGACGAGCUGAAAUAAAAUGAUGGGAUCAUCUACAGAGAGUCACAAGGUCGUCUUUGAAAAGGAGGGUGUGUUUCUGCACACGAGCACGAAACGGAAUAAUGACCAAGAUACGCUGAUCCCUGGGGUGAUCCGGAUCCUAGAGAAGGGUCAUGAUACUGUGAUGGAGUGGACCCCAAUCAGUGAGAGCGGGGAGCAUCCCCAAUUCCUGCAUUCCAAAAAGGAUUCCACUGUGAAUGGGGUCAGUCAUACUGAGGAGGAGCUGUUUGACCCAGGUUACGAACCUGAUUGGGCCGUCAUCAGCACAGUAGGGUCAAGGACACGCCCACUGGAGGAUAUGCGUGCUGCCACCCGGUCCUCCGAAGUCAGCAGCAAGUGGGCAUUCUCUCUCAGUCUAUCUGAACUCAAAUCCAUUCGGAAAAACAAGCCUGGCUUGGGUUGGUCGUACCUCAUCUUCAUCACCAAGGAAGGAAUCUCCUUCCCAGCUCUUCAUUUCCAUGGUGGUGGCACCAGAGCCUUACUGAAGUGUCUGUGUAAAUAUGUCGUCCUGGCCACUUCCAAGAAGGACCCUCGUCUUUAUCUGAUCUAUUCUCACGACUCUCAUGCCUUAUCCCAAUCCUUUGACGAGUUGCAGCUAUUCGAUGAGCAUUCAUCAGACUUGGUGUCUCGCUUCAUACAAGACCCUUAUGCUGCCACUUUUGGCAGCUUCUCCAAGGUGACCAACUUCCUGCGUGGAGCCCUGCGGCCCCAGGAUGGAUCCCGUCACCGUCCCCUUCGCGAGAUGGCAAGCGGUCUUGACUUGGACCAACAGGAGGAGCCAGGCUUUGAAGUCAUCAUGUGUCAAGCUGAUCUCGGUCAGCGGCCAGCUGUGCAGAGGCAGGAGAUUAUGACAGCUGAAGAAUGGGAGAAACAUCUGGACUCAGAAGGAAGAGUUCAGGCAGUGGAGGAACUGAAGAAGAAGAUUUUCAAAGGAGGACUGUGCCACAGCAUCCGUCGGGAAGUCUGGAAAUUCCUUUUGGGAUACUACUCCUGGGAUAGCACGGCUGAGGAACGCAAAACUGUGGUGAAGCAAAAAACGGACGAGUAUUUCCGGAUGAAACUGCAGUGGAAGUCGGUGACUGAAGAUCAGGAACGGCGGAAUUCCCAACUGCGAGCGUACAAGAGUCUGAUUGAACGGGAUGUCAGCAGGACUGAUCGCAGCAACAAGUUCUACGAGGGGAAUGACAAUCCAGGCCUGGUGUUGUUGAAUGAUGUGCUAAUGACUUACUGCAUGUAUAACUUCGAUCUGGGCUAUGUUCAGGGAAUGAGUGACCUCCUCUCUCCCAUACUGUACGUUACACAGAACGAAGUUGAUUCCUUCUGGUGUUUCACAGGCUUCAUGGAGCGAGUGCACCGUAACUUUGAGGAGAGCCAAGAGAGCAUGAAGGAGCAGCUGGAAAAGUUGGCCCUAUUACUGAGACUUCUGGAUUCUGCACUUUGUGACUUUCUAGAUUCCAGAGAGUCAGGAAACUUGUGCUUCUGCUUCCGCUGGCUUCUCAUCUGGUUUAAGCGAGAGUUCUCAUUCCCGGAUAUACUACGGCUCUGGGAGGUGCUGUGGACGGGCCUGCCAUGCCCAAACUUCCACCUACUGGUCUGUUGUGCCAUCCUGGACUCUGAGCGUGAUGCUCUGAUGAACUCCAACUACGGCUUCAAUGAGAUACUCAAGCACAUCAACGAGCUGACCAUGAGGUUGAACGUGGAGGAUGUGCUGUGCAAAGCCGAAGCCAUCUACCUCCAGCUAGCAGCCUGUCCGCAGCUACAACGGAGCGUGCAACAGAUCCUGGGCUUAGUGGAGGACGCUACCCCCACCGCCAGCACUAGCUCUGGCACCAACAGCUCACCCCAAGCCCUAUCCCCCAGCCAGACACACGAGUUGGAGCUUACAGACAGCGCCUCCCACAGCCUGCCCGACAGCAGCAUCGAGAUUUUACACACUGAGGACGGUGCCAUUGAGUCUGGUCAAAGCCCAUAAGAGCUGGGGUCAAGUGGCAGGGCUGUUCUUGGGAAGCCGGGGGGGGGUCCCAAAAUCUCAAAGGACAUUUAAACACUUUGAACAAAACCUUGAGCAAGAUGUUAAAUGUGGCAGCAGCUUUAGAAAUGAGACAAAAUUCAUCCAUUUGAUCCUGUAAAAAUGGGCAAUAUCCUUUCUUCUUUGACUGAGCUUUGAUCUGGAUGGUCCUAAUUGAGCAUAACAUUUGCUUCAAUUCCCAAUUCCUGUUCAAAUUCUGAAAGAAACUGAAAAAUCAGUGGGAACUGGCUGCUGCUUUCAGUUUAGAAUGAGAAUUAUGAUAUUGUGGAAUUCUGAUUUAAUAUUUUGUUUAAAAAACAUUAUUUUUUCAAAGAAAUUAAAUGUGAAGUCCUUUCAAAUUAAGAGGGAGUUUGGUUUAUUGGCAAGAGAGGCAGUAAAUGAGAUGCGGGGACCAACUCCUGCCAUCUGCCCCUCUGGCUUUGUUCGUCAUCUAAACAAAAUCAAAUCCUUCUCUUUUCAUCAAAGGUGUGAUCACCAGUGUUAAGGGAAGGAUUCAGUUGCGGCUCGAUGGUAGGCCAAGCAGAAAUGUUCAGUAUAGCCCAUUGAAUAUGUGACAGUGCAAUACUGUGUUUCACUCAACUGGGCUCCCAAAGCUUGGACUUCAGCCGUAAUGUUAUUUUUUCUUUUUGCCUGAAUCUCCGAAGCUUGUCAGUCAGUGCCUCCCCUAACUGUCCUUCCUAUGUGCCCAAACUUUCCUUCAGUUUGGUGUUUGUCUUUAUUCAGCACACAGCCUAUAUCUGGGUCACCAUUGAUCAAACUAAGGGCGUCCAAGCCUGGGUGGGUGAUUCAAUUGUCCGUCUGGAUGCAGCAAACCAUCUGUCAGUGAUUUUCGGCUGGUCAGGGAUCACCUUGAGCUGGGGAACUGAGAGCAAUGUGCCACAUCAAAUGGCAUUUUCUGAGCAGCAGACUGCUGAAAUUAAUUUUUAUUUCUCUGCCGUGAGACCCAUAGUGUGGUUGGAUCACCCUGAAAUGUCAGUACAAAUCCCUGUAAUCUUGUUUCCUAUAAAACCUGUGCUUGAUUUGGUGGAUUUGAACCCAAUGGCCCUGCCAAAUAUGGAACGAAGGGACCAAGACUGUCACUGCAAAGGAAAUAGUGAUUUUUUUUUCCUGUUUGUUCUGUUUUAAGAAAAUACUUGCCACCUCUUGCACAAUUUAAAUUUUAUUUAUUUCCCAGAAAGGCAUAACCCUGUGAGAGGUGGUUUGAAGAUCUGUAAGACAGCACAAGCCAGCUGGCUUGCACUGUGCGGCAUUGACUUUAUUCUGUGUAACCACAACUGUGUUCUUCAGAGCUGUUGGCGAUCUAGGGGAAUAGAAACUCAGUCGUUCAGCUGGUCAGUAAUAAUGAGGGAAGCACACCUGUCCAUUUUACGAUGGCGGG